AUGUACGAAGAAUGUGGAAAGAAGAGCCUCAGUCCUGUGGAGAGGACCUAUGGAUGCCUUGAGUGCGGGAAAACCUUCAAACGGCGCUUUUCGCUUGUACUGCACCAAAGAACUCACACUGGAGAGAAACCAUACAUGUGCAAGGAAUGUGGCAAAACCUUCAGCCAGAUUUCCAACCUUGUUAAACAUCAGAUGAUCCAUAGUGGGAAGAAGCCCCAUGCGUGUAAGGAGUGCAGCAAAACAUUCAGUUAUCUUUCAUUCCUCGUGGAGCAUCAGAGAACGCACACUGGGGAGAAGCCUUACGAAUGUCCUGAGUGUGGAAAGGCCUUCAGCCGGGCCUCAAACCUCACCAGGCAUCAGAGACUGCACGUGGGGGAGAAACCCUAUGAAUGCGUUGACUGUGGGAAGACAUUUCGCCGUUCCUCACACCUUGCAAGACAUCAGAGCAUUCAUACGACCAAAACGCCCUAUGAGUGUACCGAAUGCUCAAAAGCCUUUCGCUGCCACUCAUUCCUUGUUAAGCAUCAGAGAAUUCACACUGGAGAGAAGCUCUAUGAAUGUGAAGAAUGCGGUAAAGUGUUCACUUGGCACGCCUCCCUCACGCAGCACAUGAAAAUGCACGCUGGAGAGAAACCGUACGCGUGUGCUCAGUGUGACAAGACCUUCAGCCGCAGCUUCUCUCUCGUUUUACAUCAGCUCACUCACACGGGGGAGAAGCCCUGUGUAUGUGAGGUCUGUAACAAAUCCUUCAGCUGGAGCGCCGACCUGGCCAAACAUCAGAGAACUCAUACUCUAGAGGAUUCCUAUGAAUAUGAAACGUCAUUUAAUUGCCACACAUUCCUUCCCGAAUCCCAACAAAUUCACAUUGGAGAGGAGACCUAA